AUGACCAGAUCACCAACCGUGGUAAAAACAUCAACGGGCAUAACUGCCUCACCAACGGCGCCAAGAUCGAUUAGUCCUUCGAAGCCCUCAUCGAGAAAUAGUAGUCCCGCUUCCCCGAGGCCAAGCUCGCUGGCUAAUCUUUCCACCUCCUCCCUGUCAAGGUCACUGCAACCGUCCACGGUAUCAACUGCUAGUCCAUCACAAUCGAGGACGCAUUAUGACCUUAGCCCGUCUCGACCUCUAGUUGUAUAUCUUACAGAGACUGCUACUUAUUAUAGCACACCAUCAGCCGGAAUCGUGGAAAGAAAUGAGAUAACUCAAGAAGUGAUAUAUGGCGAGAAUGAUUUUGAGGGUCAAAAUUUAGGCACGGGAAAUGUUGGGGAAUCAACGUAUGAUAGCAACUGUGAAGGACAAGGACAGGAAUUAGUAAAUAGCGGUGAUGUUGAUGAAGGGCGCCCAUCUAGUGGUAAUUAUGUUGUAGGAAGAAGGGAAUUAAACACUCCGAAUGAAAGUCAACGAUUAUUACUCACAGAACAAGCACUAUAUAGAGACAAUCCUGUCUUAGGAGUACAAGUAGCAAUAAAGCUCGCAGGAGUCGAAGAAAUGAUAGCGAAGAAAGUCUUGAGAGGGGAAGAUCAAGAUAAAUUAUCAAUUACUCAGUGGAGGAGAUUAUGCAUAACAUUCGUUAUUCUGAGUUUUUUGGAAAUGAAAAUGUCUCUUAAGUUCGUUUUCCCUCAUAUGCUUUGA